AUGCCUCCUAGCUUCAUUCUCACUCUCUCCGGUCCUGAUCGCCCCGGCAUCGUCCAUGCGGUCACUGCCUUCCUCGUGCAGAAUAACCUCAACAUCAUCGAUUCGUCGCAAUUCGGUGACCCCGCCUCCGAGCGCUUCUUCAUGCGCACUCAGUUUGCGCAAGCCACUGGAAGCGAUGAUAUUCCCGAACUUGAGAAAUUGCGCACCGCCUUCACUCCCACCGCCCAGUCUUUCUCCCUCGAUUUCGAAAUCAACCCCACCGUGAAAAAGCCCCGCGUGCUGAUCAUGGUCUCCAAGAUCGGCCACUGCCUCAAUGAUCUACUCUUCCGUCAAUCGACUGGUCAGCUCAGCAUCGAGGUCCCAUUGAUCGUCUCCAACCACCCCGAUUUCGCCACCCUCGCGGCUACCUAUAACAUUCCAUUCCACCACCUUCCCGUCACCGCGGAUACCAAGGCACAGCAGGAGGCCCAAAUUCUGGAAUUGGUUGGCAAAAACAACAUUGACUUGAUUGUGUUGGCCCGGUACAUGCAGGUUCUGUCUCCAACCCUGUGUUCUGCCAUGUCGGGUCGCAUCAUCAACAUCCACCACAGUUUCCUCCCUUCUUUCAAAGGUGCCAAACCUUACCACCAGGCCUACGAUCGUGGUGUGAAAAUCAUCGGUGCCACUGCUCAUUUCGUCACCAGCGACUUGGAUGAGGGCCCUAUCAUCGAGCAGAACGUUGUGCGGGUCAACCACGGAAUGAGUCCCAAGGAGCUGACACAUGCCGGUAGCAACGUCGAGAGCAACGUGCUUGCUACUGCCGUCAAGUACGUGACAGAGCGCCGCGUUAUCUUGAACGGUCACAAGACUGUCGUCUUCAACUAA